UUCCUUACUCCUGCCGCCCCCGGCGAGCUGAGCUGCCCCCAGGGAUCGGGGGUCUGCGCUGAGCGGAGCCGGCUGCCAGGCCCUGCCUCGGGGGUCUGCGUGAGCGCGGGGCCGGGCGAUUCUCUUGACAGUUCUGUCCUUCUCCAGGAGGGCCGGAUGGCCCCUGUAUUCCCGGCAACUCCAAGCUACAAAGUCCAACGGGAAUUGGUGACAUUUAAUGAUGUGGCUGUGGACUUUACCCAAGAGGAGUGGGGAAACCUGGACCCUUCCCAGAAGGAGUUAUACAGGGAUGUAAUGCUGGAGAACUAUAGGAACCUUGUCUUCCUGGGACUUACAGUUUGGAAACCAGAUGUGAUCUCCCAUUUGGAAGAAGGGGAAGCACCCAGGAUGCAGGACAGAGAAGCAUCAAGAACCAUCAGUCCAGAUGAGAAAAGUAGGCCUGAAACCAAGGGACCAACUCAUCAAAAACUGAGAAGGAAUGGUUCCCAUAUUUCUAAAUUGGAAGAAUCCUUGGAAUAUUAUGUAGGAUUGGAGGGACUACAGAAGAACCAUAAGGAGAUACAUUCUAGAAUUCGUUCUGGAGAAAAUUUCCAUAAAAGUCAUGAAUACAUAGAGGCCAUCUGGAGUACACACCUUGUUGAAUGUCAGACAAUCCAUAAUAAAAAAAAUCCUUAUCAAGAUAAUGAUUAUGGGAAAGCCUUCUAUUCCAGCUCAUUCCUUACCCAACACCAGAACUUGCAUUCUGGAGAGAGACCUAAUGAAUGUGGAAAGGCCUUCUGCUGGUACUCACAAUCUACCCAACAUGAAAGACUUCAUACUGGAGAGAAACCUUAUGAAUAUCAUGUAUGUCCAGUUGAAUUCUCCUAUAGCCAAUACCUUAACAACCAUCAGAAAAUUCAUAAUGGAGAGAAGCCUUAUGAAUGUCACUAUUGUGGGAAGACCUUCCGUUGGAGAUCACAGUUAACUGCACAUCAGAGAAUUCAUACUGGAGAGAAGCCUUAUGAAUGUCACCAUUGUGGGAAGGCCUUCUGCAGGAGAUCACAGUUAACUGUCCAUCUGAGAAUUCAUACUGGAGAAAAGCCUUACAAGUGUAAUGAAUGUGGGAAGGGAUUCCGCCAUAGUACAGAACUAAACCUACAUCAGAGAAUUCAUGCUACAGAGGAGCCUUACAAGUGUAACAAUUAUGUGAAGGUCUACAGCCAAAAUUCAGACUUUAUGCUACAUCAGAGAAUUCAUACUGGAGAGAAGCCUUAUGAAUGUAACUAUUGUGAGAAGGCCUUCCAUCGGAAUUCACAGUUAACUCGACAUCAGAGAAUUCAUACUGGAGAAAAGCCUUAUGAGUGUAAUUAUUGUGGGAAGGCCUUCCGUCAGAGUUCACAUUUAACACGACAUCAGAGAAUUCAUACUGGAGAAAAGCCUUACAAGUGUAAAGAUUGUGGGAAGGGCUUUCACCAACGUUCAGAGUUAAUCCCACAUCAGAGGAUUCAUACUGGAGAGAAGCCUUAUGAAUGUAACUAUUGUGGGAAGGCCUUCCAUCGAAGUUCACAAUUAACUCGACAUCAAAGAAUUCAUACUGGAGAGAAACCUUAUAAGUGUAACUAUUGUGGGAAGGCUUUCCACCAGAGUUCACAGUUAACUCUUCAUCAAAGAAUUCAUACAGGAGAGAAACCUUACAAAUGUAAAGAUUGUGAGAAAGCCUUUCACCAGAGUUCAGAAUUAACUCUACAUCAAAGAAUUCAUACUGGAGAGAAGCCUUAUAAAUGUAAGGAUUGUGGGAAGGCUUACAACCGGAAUUCAGAGUUAACUUUACAUCAGAGAAUUCAUACUGGAGAGAAGCCUUAUGAAUGUAAACACUGUGCAAAAACCUUCCGCCAAAGUUCACAUCUAAAUCGACAUCAGAGAAUUCAUACAGGAGAGAAACCUUAUAAAUGUAACUACUGUGGGAAAGCCUUCCGCAUCAAAGAACAUCUUAUUAUACAUCAGAGACUUCAUACUGGAGUCUUUUUGUGGUCUUGUUGUGCCUGCUUCUGGCAUCUGGCCUCAUCCCGAAAAGAAGCUAAAGAAACAGACCUUCGGCAGCAACUGGAGGAGAAAACUGGCAUUUCCCAACAGCCGCCCUCUUCUGUUCUGGGUAUGCGCACAAACCUCCUCUGCACGCCCACUCCACUUCCGGAAAUCCCAGCCUCAAAAUCCCGCUUCCCUCAGGAUAGGGCGGGACCCUCUAUGGCAGUUGUCACGGAAACCUUAACACGCACCAAAGUGCUGCGUCCCCAGGCCCCGGGAGACAGUCUCCUCAGUUCUCCCCGUCCCGAGCCGCGAGCCGGGAAUCCUGCGGCCUUUGGCCCACCGUCCCUCCGUCCCUCCCACCGUGUCCCGCGGCCUUUCCCUGCUUCUGCCGCCCCCGGCGAGCUGAGCUGCCCCCAGGGAUCGGGGGUCUGCGCUGAGCGGAGCCGGCUGCCAGGCCCUGCCUCGGGGGUCUGCGUGAGCGCGGGGCCGGGCGAUUCUCUUGACAGUUCUGUCCUUCUCCAGGAGGGCCGGAUGGCCCCUGUAUUCCCGGCAGCUCCAAGCUACAAAAUCCAAAAGGAAUUGGUAACAUUCAAGGAUGUGGCUGUGGACUUUACCCAGGAGGAGUGGGAAAACCUAGGCCCUUCUCAGAAGGAGUUGUACAGGGAUGUGAUGCUGGAGAACUAUAGGAACCUUGUCUUCUUGGGACUUACAGUUUGGAAACCAGAUGUGAUCUCUCACUUGGAAGAAGGGAAAGCACCUCAGAUCCAGGACGGAGAAGUACCAAGGGCCAUCUGUUUAGAUGGGAAAACUAGGCCUACAACUGAGUCAACUCAGGAAAGACUCAGAAGGAAUAGUUUCCAUAUCCUACAGAGGAACCAAGAGGAGAAACUUUCUAGCUUUACUCAACAUCAGAGCCUACAUAUUGGAGAGAAACCUUAUGAAUAUCAUAUAUAUGAAACAAAAUUCCCCUAUGACAAAUACCUUAAUGACAGUCAGAGAAUUCACAUUCAAAAGAAGCCAUGUGAACAUAAGGAUUAUGUGAAGGCCUUUGACCAGAGAUUACAAUUAUCUCCACAUCAGAAACUGGAUACUGGUGAGAAACCUUAUGAAUGUAACUAUUGUGGGAAGGCCUUCCGCCAGAGUUCACAGUUAAUUGCACACAAGAGAAUUCAUACUGGAGAGAAGCCUUACAAAUGUAACCGUUGUGGGAAAGCCUUCCGUAUUAAAAUAUACCUUACUAUACAUCAAAGACGUCAUACUGGAGAGAAGCCUUAUGAAUGUAACUAUUGUGAGAAGGCCUUUUGCCAGAGCUCACAGUUAACUGGACAUCAGAGAAUUCAUACUGGAGAGAAGCCUUAUAAAUGUAACUAUUGUGGAAAAGCUUUCCGUUGGAGUUCACUGUUAAGUGGACAUCAAAGACUUCAUACAGGGGAGAAGCCUUAUGAAUGUAAAGAUUGUGGGAAGGCCUUCUGCCGGAGUUCACAGUUAACUCGUCAUCAAAGAAUUCAUAUUGGAGAAAAACUUUAUAAGUGUAAUGAUUGUGAGAAGACCUUUCAUCAGAAUUCACAGUUAACUGUACAUCAGAGAAUUCAUACUGGAGAGAAACCUUACAAAUGUAACAGUUGUGAAAAGGCCUUCCACCAGAGUUCAGAAUUAACUCUACAUCAGAGAAUUCAUACUAGAGAGAAGCCUUAUAAAUGUAAUAAUUGUGGGAAGGCCUGUAACCGAAGUUCAGAGUUAACUCGCCAUCAGAGAAUUCAUACUGGAGAAAAGCCUUACAAGUGUAAUGAUUGUGAGAAGGCCUUCCGUAUCAAAGCACACCUUACUAGACAUCAAAGACUUCAUACUGGGGAGAAGCCUUACAAAUGUCAUGAAUGUGGGAAGUUCUUCCGCUGGAGCUCACAGUGGACUGUACAUCAGAAAAUUCAUACUGGAGAUGCCCCUUACAAAUGUAAAGAUUGUGGAAAGGUCUUUUGCUGGAGUUCCCACUUUACUGAACACCAAAGAAUCCAUACUGGAGAAAGGCCCUAUAAAUGUAAUCAUUGUGGAAAGGCCUUUGGCUGGUCCUCACAAUUUACUCAACACCUGAGAAUUCAUACAGGAGGAAAAAACCUAUAAAGGUUAAGAAUGUAAAAGGACCUUACCUGGGAGUAUACCCUUUAUUCAAGAUCAGAGGAAUUGUUUUUGAGAGAAGUUUUAUAAAUAUGAUGUAUAUAGAAAGGACUUGCACUAAAGUUCAUAGUUUAUUCAACUUCAGAUACUAUACAGUAGAGUGAUGCUUACAUGAAGCAAACAAUGUAAAUGAAAUGAUUAUUGCAAAACUUACUACAGCAAUAUACACUUUAUCAUGUUUAGCAUGAGAGUUCAUCUCAUGAAUGUAAUUAAUGAUUAUGAGAAGGCUUUGCCUGAUAAAGGCAAGAACCCUUUUUUCAAUAUUGAAGAAGCACAGAUACUGGAAAAAACCCUCAUGAAGAUAAAAAUUUUUGAAUAUAAUUAAUGUGAGAAGACUUUCAGUCAGAGUACUUAAUUGAGCUGUUUUUACAAAAUGAGUAAUUCUAAGAGAAAGAGUUUUAGAAGAAGGCUUUCCACAUAUGGGGGACAGUCAGUUCAAAGGAAAAGAAUUGGAAGAUAGAAAAGCAAGUAGGCCAUUGUGAUAUGAUCAGUAUCUACCAGGGUGUUUCUUCUCCUUUGCUGUGUAGGUUAGGGUGAUACUUUCCUUAAAGGAUAACGAAGAUGUCUCCAAAAUUUAUUGAUUCAGGAGGCCAAGGCUCAAAUUACUUAGCUGUCAAAACAAUUUCCUUCCAAACUCAAACUAUAUUAAAGUGGCCUCUGGUUCACAUUUUAAAAGCUUAAAAAAGUCUGGCUUUACAGACUUGUCAGGCUGCUGGAGUCACCUCAGGUGACUGCUGACCUGACUCUUUUCUACAUGGAGAUGAGGGAUGCCUUACCUAUUCAAGCCAACUGCUGAAGUCUUAUUGAGUAUCUUUUUUAUGUUAUAACUGAUUAAAUAUCCUUUUUCUAAUUGUUGAAUGACCUGAGUGUCUCAUUUCAUUCCAGCUAAACUACCAGGGACUAGUUUGAAUUUUCCUUGCAUUUGGCAUAGUCAGAAGUAAAGUGGCUGUAGGAGAAGGCUGAUAAAGUAAAUUAAAUGAUAUAUUUACUAUUCGCUGAUUAUUGCUAAUUUUCAUGGAAAAUCUGAGGUGCUUUAAGAAAACCAAACUGGCUCAACACAUUCAAUAGCUAUAGACAGCUUUUUGUUUUUUAAGGACUGUACAAUGAAAGGAGAAAAGCACAUGCUGGAGCUAGUAUUAGUAGCCCACAUUGAAUGGGUGAUGCUGGUGGGGGUGGGGUGGGGGGAACCAGUCUCGGGAAAUGACAGGACUAGGAUGGGAAGUAGUCUUUGACCAAGAAGUUUCACUGGAAAAGGUACUAUAUUCUACUGAGACUAGUGCUAUAAGACAUGAAUUACAAGCAGAAAUGAAGAUGAAACUUGGAAAUAGGUACUUAAAAAAAAAAAAAGGAUAUGGGCUCAUGCUAUUACUUAUCCCCUGGAAAGAGUUUUGCUCAUAGAAAGCAGAGAAUGGAUACCUUCUCACCACCAAGGAACUGAGAAGGUUUCCAAAAAAACAGUUUAAACUGAAACCUCAUGAAAUGCUCGAGUUGAAAGUGUGAUUCAUUGGAGCUUAUUUGGGUAUCCACAUCAGAGUUCUGUGGGCUUGGAGAACUCUGAGAAGAUAUAUUUUUCUUGUGCCAACUGAGUCAUUUAGAUUCUUUAGAUAUAAAAUACCCUUUAUCCUUUUUGAGGUGGGUUCAGAUGAAGAACACUGCAAAACUAAUCCCAUAAAGAUGAAUUCCCAUUGGAUCCAGUUCCCUAUUUAGGGGAUAGAUGGUAGGAAGUCUAUGCAAUGGAUGGGUUGACUUUCCAAAAGGAAAGGGGUUUAAUAGGUUGGAUCUAUUGGGUCUAUUUGUCUUCAAAUAAGUUUUAGAAGCAAAAUAAGUCCAAUUAGCUACUUCAACACAUGAUUCUAUGUGGUGCUUUUAACCUUGUUAGAAUGUUGUAUUAUUCAGUUACUUGGCUGGAAUUUUUCAGUGUUUGGAUAUUCGCUUUUAAGUCACAGUUCUUCAUGAAUAUUACUAAACUUAUUAUUUAUUAAUUUUUUAACAUAUUCAUAAUGAUGAAUAAAAAGU